AUGAAAUACACCAAUAUUACCACUAUAAAAGAGUUCAUUAUUAUUGGAUUUCCUGGACUUCCUCCUGAAUAUUAUGGUCCAGUGUCCGUUCUUCUUCUUCUUGUUUUCCUUGCUAUUGUAAUUGGAAAUGGUUUCACUAUAGCUGUUAUCAUUUUUGAGCGGACUCUGCACAAACCAAUGUAUGUGAUCUUUUCUAACCUUGCAAUGACAGACAUCUGCUUUGGCGUGGUGACUCUUCCAAAAAUCAUAGCCAGAUACUGGUGGAAUGACAUGAUCACUUCUUUUGGAGCUUGUUUUACACAGAUGUAUUUUGUUCAUUCUUUGGGAGCUAUUCAGUCUUUAAACUUGCUGAUGAUGGCUUUGGAUCGUUUUGUUGCCAUAUGGUUUCCAUUCAAAUAUCCCAUUUUAUUUACAAACAAAGCAGUGGCUAUUGCUUGCACCAUGUGCUGGGUUUUAACAUUCAUACGUUUGCUGGGAAUUGCGCUUCAUGCCUUAACUUUACCUUACUGUGACCAGAAUAUUAUCAUGCAGUGUUACUGUGAUCAUAUAUCAAUAACAAGGCUGGGUUGUAGUGAUGAGCGGGAAUAUGUGUACAGUGUUGCACUUGCUAAUGCAAUGGUCACUCUCCUGGUUCCUUUAACAGUCAUAAUUUUAUCCUAUUUUUCUGUCAUCAUAGCUGUUCUGAGGAUGUCUCAAACUGAGAGGCGUCACAAAGUGCUGUCCACUUGUGCCCCUCAGCUCUUUAUUACCUGCCUUUACUAUGUGCCAAGAUGCUUUGUUUAUCUUGCUAAUGGUGUGGGAUUCAAUUUUAAUCUUGUUAUUCGGAUUAUUAUUACAAUGCUGUACAGCCUCAUACCUGCUGCUGUUAAUCCAAUCAUAUACUGUUUCAAGACUAAAGAAAUAAAAAAUGUUUUGAUGCAGAGAUUUAAAAAAGGCAAAGUGAGCACUGGAUUAAAAAUUGAAUGCAAAUAA